AUGAUUCUAAAUACGCUGUCUGGAAGGUCGUUCAACGACCUCAUGCAGUACCCAGUAUUUCCGUUUAUUCUUGCUGAUUAUUCCUCUCCUGUUUUGGAUCUACAAUCUCAGGAUUCUUUCAGGUAUGUGAACCUGUUCUACGCCUUUCCUAUUCAUUUCGCACCAUAUCAUUACGGCAGUCACUACUCCAAUGUUGCAUUCGCUUUUAUCCUCUUUUGCAUAAUAUUCUUUGAUAUUGCCGACCGCAUUUUCAACUCUAUCGAAGAUGCAUGGCGUCUCUCGAGCUCUGAGUCGACAACUGACUUCAAAGAAUUAACGCCAGAGUUUUUCUCGUUAUCGGAGUUUCUAAGAAAUCACGAGAAGUUCGAACUGGGAACACGUCAAGGGGGUGAAGUUGUUGGCGAUGUGAAAUUGCCUGAUUGGGUACCCGAUAAUGAUGCCAGACUGUUCAUUUUAAUCCACAGACAAGCUCUAGAAUCUCCGAUUGUUACCCAAAAUCUUCAUUUAUGGAUUGAUUUGGUGUUUGGUUUCAAGCAAACUGGCAAAAACGCUGUAGAGGCCAUCAAUGUCUUUCAUCCAUCGGUUUGUAAUUUGUCGUUUCAAACAACAUUUGGUCAUGGAAACAUUCUAAAACAUGUUUGUUUAGUUAGUCUAUGCAUAGACCGAGUCGGUUUUUUUUUAAACAUCUCUGUAAUUAUUUUUGAGAGAGUCUUCAAUAAGCAUGGAAUUUUCAUUUGCAGAAAGCUCAUUGAGCUAGUGGAUGAACUUUCUCAGUCUGCUUUAAGUACAAUGGUGCGAAGCUAUGGUCAGAUGCCAAUGCAGGUAUAUCGGUUAUUUUUUUUUUCAGAAGUCUUUGUUCUUCAUGAUGUUUUUACCCUCUUCUAUCAGGUUUUGCGUGCACCGCAUCAACCGCACCUUUCCAUGUUUCGUAAAGAGAGCGAAAUUUAUCCUGCACCUAUUGAGACUGUUCGUGGGAUAAGGUAUACCGUGUACUUUUGGAGUAUGAAUUAA